AUGCCCAACCCCGACUUUAACAAACCAACGGGCCAUGGUGUUUAUUUCUCGGGGAACUUUGAGAUUAAGAAGAAACUUCCAUCCGAUCUAGGUAAAAAAUCUGGCUAUCACAGUUAUGUGGUAUCCAUCAAUUGCGGUGGCGCUGACCGCGACGAAGAGACUCAAUACGAGAUUCGAGCUAUAGGCUAUAGCUCACCCUCAAUGGCACUUGACGAAAAUAAAUUUUACUUUUUACGAGGCUUAUUUUUUCCGACAAACACAUUGAACACUCACAUGGAUCAUCUUUACUUUGAAGGUUCUGACCAGGCAAUGAUUGGCCCGGCCGAAGAAUUCAAAGGUGAGGUCAUUAACACUGUUGGUGUAACUGGCCUUGGAAUUGUUACAAAACUCCAAAAUAUUGUUGAGGACUGUUGCCGAAACCUCAAAGAUAAAGACGACUUAGAUGAUCCUAAAACAAUUGUGGCAACUGUGAAACACACCGAUUACCACCCAAACAUCAAACCUGCUCCAACCUUUUACGUGGAAUACCGUAUUUGCCCUCUCAAAUACCUUUCCGGCAUCCCGCGAAUUCUCAAAUUGGGUCGUGAGGCCAUCUUUCAUGGUUACCUCAAGGACUUUAACGAGGAGACUCGCUGUUACAUAGUAAUUGCCAAUCGCGUCUCAACUACUUGUGGGCAUCGUGAUGAACGGGAAUUCGCAGACAAAGUGAUCAAAACCGAAGAAGUUAACGACGGAUCUGGGCGCUCAAAACCGAAAAAGUUCACCCCGAAAUCAGUCAACGCACCCUUCAAAUCACCAAUUGUUGAACAAACCUCCAUAGUGAGCACUCGAUCUGGUCCCGCCGAUCAUCCUGUGGCCCCAGAUUCUCCCGGUAGCGAAUCAAGUAAUCCCUUGGCCGAGGAGCCGGUGACCAAAAAGAGACCUGCUACUACAACACCUAAGAAGAGACCUCGAGCCCGUCCUGCGCGUCGAACUUCGAGCAGCACAACUCUUGACUUGACUACUUGA